ACAGAUGUUGAUUAGAUUAAUGUGAACUUUUUAUUUAAUUUUUCCUUUAUGUGUCUCCACAUUUAAACAUACUGUUCAAGUAAUUUUUAGAAAUUAAAUAUUUUAUUUACAAUUGUUUUGUACAACCAUCAUUAAUUCGUAUUAGGCUUACUGUGUUUCGGUAUUCUUUUACAAUCUGACUUAAUGGCUUCCAAAAUCUGCUGGCUUCUAUUAGUGAUGUUAUUAAGUGUUUCAACAUUUGGAUUAUCAAUGUGUUGUAUCAUAAUAGUAUCUGUAUUCUCUUCAAUUACUGGAAUUCUUGUUAUGACUUAUAUGGAAAAACUGGUAAAAGUCAAACCAGUUCGCAAAUCAUCCCUUUCAAGCAGAGGACGUUCCUACAGCCUGUUUGAAGGAAUACCAAAAAUUGCUUAUCAAAUGAAAGAUUCAUCUGAUCUGCCAAAAGUUGACCAACGACUUACUGGUUCUAAAGAGAUUGAUGAUCAGUUAAGACAGAUUUUGUCCAAUAUUGUUAGAGAUUUUAUACAAACUUGGUAUCAAGAAAUAUCUCUCAAUGAAGAAUUCCUUGAUGGUUUCAAUGAAAUGUGUAAAACUAUCAUCAAUAAUUUUUCCAAAAGUGCUAAAGAAGUCAAUUGGGUUUCUUUUAUAACUCACCAAGUUGUUGAAAGUUUUACUAGUCAUUUGCGGUUAUAUCGCCAUGCCGAGACUUCAUUUCGUCGAAGGCAACGAGAAAAUCCUAAUAGAAAUUUAAGUAUAGAAGCACUAUUUUUUGAAAAAGAAUUUAAUCAUGGAGAAAAUAUAUGCAGAGAAAAUGUGUGUUGCUCUCCAGAGCAUGAAAUGGAAUAUCUUCAAAAUGUAUGUGAUACUGUGUUAUAUUUAUUACUACCUCCUGAAGCCUUUGAUAAUAAUCUUUUGAGAAAAAUGAUCAGGGAAAUACUUGUUUCUUCAGUAUUAAGGCCUUUAAUUUACCAGUUUUCUGAUCCAGAUGAAAUUAAUCAGAACUUAAUAUACUUAUGUAAAGAUUACAUUGUAACUAGUAAAACACUUUUGAAUGUUUUAAGAAAAACAGACAAUCAAGAUGAACUUAAAGCUUUCAUUCAGAUAUCAAAGCAUGAGCACAAAGUGCAAAAUGCCCAAGAUGCUGGGGAUAAAGAUGAAAUUAAAAAGUACCUGAAAAGCAUUUCUUACAUUGAAUCAGUUGCUCAACAUAGACUUGAAAAAUUAUUAGGCCACUCCAAACAAGCAGAAAAUGACUCUACUGAGUUUUAUUUAGUUAGUGAUGUAACUGAUUCACCAAUUUUAGAAAAUAAGAGAAAGCUUGUAUCUCUUCCAUUUGAUGUGAUAUUAAAUAACAAUAUUGCCUUGCACUACUUCACUCAAUACUUGGUUAACCUUAAUACUGAAGGUUAUGUAUUUUUUUACCAUAAUGUUGAGGGAUUUAGAACCACUGUCCAAUUGAUGAAAGCUGAAAAUACGAGUAUUGGAGAUGAAUCAAUAGAAAAACUUAGAGUUUUAGCAAUACAACUUUAUGACUCAUAUUUGGGACCAGACGUUUCUUCAAAAAUAACUCUAGAUGAAAAUAUACUUAAGAAGCUAAGAUCUAGAUUAAAGACUGAAACUAUCAAUGAAAACUGCUUUGAUGAAGUUCAAGAGAAGGUGUAUGAAUCUUUAGAAAAUGAAUUUUAUCUGUCUGGCUUUAAAGAUUCUACAUUGUACAUAAAAUUACUCGCUGAAUUAGAUUUAUUGCAUGAAUCAAGCUCCAGUGGAGAUUUAGAUAGUUUGUCAUCUUCAAAAUCUGAGGAAGAAGAAAAGUUUAACUGUGAUACUGUUGUCCCAACUGAUGAAGAAAUGCUGAAUGAGUUUUUAACCACCGAAAUUUCUCAGUGUGAUUAUGUAUUUCCAGAAAUGUCGUCAGGCCCAUUAUCAGAGGAUGUAAAAGAACUUGGUUUGUUAGUUGCAGAAGUGCACAGUACUGGAAUUACUCAUCAUGCUGGGCGAACAUUUGCAGUCUAUGCAAUUUCCGUGAUUCACUAUGGAUUAGAUGGGUCUGAAGAGAAAUGGUUUGUGGUUCGUCGAUAUAGUGAAUUUUAUGAUUUCCAUGAAGCUAUUACAAAUAAGUAUCCUGUUUUAUCAUCCUUUAAUUUUCCAUCUAAAAAGCCAUUUAAUAACCUAACAAGACAGUUGAUGGAGAAGCGUCGCUACAUGCUAAAUGAAUUCAUGCAGUUUAUUCUAUCAAAUGAAAUUCUAGCUGUUUGCGAUGGCUUAAAACUUAUGGUAUACAAUUUUCUACAACCUAAUAUGCCUGAAAAGGGAAAGAAGUCAUUCAUCCGCAGUGUGGGCACAUUUGUGACUCCUAUAAAGACUUCCGUUAAAUCAGUUGGGCAGUUUGCUCGUUUAGUGCCUGAUACUUUUCUUGAACUGAAAGAUGGUUUUAAAAAAGCUUUUCUAAAGAAUAGCAUCAUGGAUAAUUCAUCUGAAGAAAACCCAACAAUCCCUAAGGAUACACGUGCAGAUGAUAUACCAUUUAGAAUUAUUCUGCUUCUUAUGGAUGAGGUAUUUAACUUGAGGAACAAAGACCUUUGGUUCCGUAGGCGAAUAAUGACUUUGUUGCGCCAAAUUAUCAAAACUAUGCAAGGAGGUGCCAUUAACAGGAAAAUUAAAGAAUAUGUGCAAGGCCUGACUAGUACAUCUCAAAUUGCUGAAUGGUUGAAAACUAUAUGCCAAAGUAUAUGGCCUGAUGGACAUCUUAGAAAUCCAGCUGCUGAAAGAGAUUACAGUACGAAAAUGCGAACCCGUAUUGUAACAAAAAUGGCCAUGAUUAGUGCCAUUCCUGAUGAACUUAAACCCAUAAUUGGAUACGAAACUUCUUUCAAGGGUGCCAUGUUAGUUUUCAAUGUAUUUCAACACCCCUCUUUAAACCGUCGUCUAAUUCUUGUUAUAUUUGAGAGCUUCUUAAAAAUUUUAUUCCCUCACACUAAAAUACCAGAAAUUUUGCGAAAGCUGCACGCAAACUCAACUUCCCUGGCAAACAGUCCAUCUCCUUCCACAGACAGAUUAAGUGAGGACCAGCAACCAAUCCAGGACCGUCCAGGAACUCCAGAUGUCCGAGUUGAGAAUGCUGAAGUGAAACCAAAAGACACCUUAAGAGAGAAACCCAUCAAGGGACCAAAGGACACACCAAAUGAGAAGUCAACCAAAGAUUCAAAAAGUAAACUAUCCUUCCAGUGCCUAUCUCCAAAUACUGUCUCUAGUCCAAAGGUGAAAAAAAGAAAAAAGUCUGUAGAAUCAGCUGUAUUCUACAUGGAUUUGCCAAAAGAGGAUGAUAAGGUUAUUCUUCCACUAGAUAGAUGACGAUUAAUUUAUUCGAAGUACCAUCUAUUUUAUACGCUAUCAGUAGGGACCAAUUUUAU